AUGAGUCCUGUGGACAAUGGCUCUACAACGCCCUCGGUGAGAACAAAAAAGUCAACGGGGUUAUCUACUUCGACGAUUCUGUUGGUGAUUGGUGCCAGUGCAAUAUCCUUUCUGGCAGGGACAUUGUUCGCUCUGAGCUUCAAUGAAUGUCCUACACUCCCACCACCUGCACAAGCCGCUGCCGAACAAGCCAAGGGUACUCCCUUGGAAUCUCCCGAAACUGAAGAGCGGAUCCUUGUAAGAAAGGAAAUGAUGGAACCAUUGCAACGAGAAGUCCCUCCUGCGGAACCAGCCCAUACUGCUGCCAGCCACAGGAAGGGCCAGCUAUUCCCAGAGACAGUUCGGAAAUUUGUGACGGGAAUGGCUCAUGUGGACAAGGCCGCAUUCACCGAAAAGUUUGAAUUGGGCGUUCCACUUGACCAGCCCACGAAAGGCUCCGAGGACAUUCUUUUGCUCUACAGUGGAAGAAAGUCAAUGCCCACAAAAUACCAACGUUCCCUGGCCACCAACAUUCAACAACUCACAACCGAAGAAGCCACAGAGAAUUGCUUGUUUCUCAACAUGAUUUAUACCCAUCACGAGGGUCAAAGGGAACAAUGCACGGCCAUUAUCCCACAAUACGAAUCCUUCCACAUUCAUAAAUGGAUGCGAUUGCCAUCUGGCAAAGGUGGAGUUGACAAGAAUAACCCUUUGCGUCCCGUGGGAAGGGGGUUGCAGCCCAAUGGCAUUGAUCCUUUCAAAGUGCCUAUCUAUGAAAGACAUACCAAGCGGCUUUGGGAAAUGCUUCGCAAGUACUUGGAUUCUGUUGAUGAUGUACUCAACGAAUUGCGACCAAUUGUCAAUCGAAUCAAAAUCAAGAACACUGUCAUUGUCAUGGUUUGCAACCAUGGCCAAUCAGAGUUGCUCGUGAACUUUGCCUGUUCCACCCAUGCACGAGGAUUGGAUAUUUCCAACAUAAUUGUGUUUGCCACAGACGAAGAAACCAAAGAACUGGCAGAGAGUGUUGGAUUGGCAGCCUACUAUGAUGAGCGGAAUUUUGGUGAAAUCACCAGUGAAGCAGCCAAGGAAUAUGGAGACAGGCACUUCACUGCCAUGAUGAUGGCCAAGGUCAUAUGUGUCCAAUUGAUCAGUCUAUUGGGUGUGGACCUUUUGUUCCAAGAUGUGGACAUUGUCUGGUACAAGAAUCCACUCAAUUUCUUCCACAAGAAUGAACAUGACCCAAUCCACACCUUCGACAUGUACUAUCAGGACGAUGGUUCCCACUCCACACGAUAUGCACCCUAUGCACCCAACUCUGGGUUCUAUUACGUCCGGUACAAUGCCAAGACACGACACUUUUUAACAUCUUUGCUAAUGCAAGGAGAUCUCGUGCUGAAAACCUUCUCCCAUCAACAGGCCAUGACGGCUGUAAUGGCAGAACAUGCCUCACUGUUUGGACUUCGUGUCAAAGUCUUGUCCCGAGACGAAAAUGACUUCCCGGGAGGGUAUCAUUACCAUCGAAAGAAUGGAGAGUUUCUACGUCAAAUGUUCAAAGGUGAAGUCAGUCCUACAAUUUUCCACAUGAGUUGGACCAAGAACAAAGACAACAAGCUGCUGUUCCUAAAGCAAAUGGGGGAGUGGUAUCUGCAGGACAAGUGUGUUUCCAAGAAGCUUGCGGAUAUUGGUGUUGAGAAGGACAAUUUUGUAUCUUCGUGUUGCUCCAAAGAAGCUUUGGUGACUUGUCAUUACAAGGACAAGCCUAGCAUCAAACCGUGCAAAGAUAGUCCUGCACUGGAUCAGGGCCGACCAUCCUUCUGGUAG